AUGGAAACAGAUGAAGACUCGGAGGAGGAAAAAAGAAGAGAAAUAAGUCAACGGCCAGUAGAAAGGGUUAUAACUAAAUCGAGAAAACCGCCAAUGAAUCAGCGAAAAUCAAAGGACCCAAAAAAUCUGAUGAUGAGAAAACCAAUGGUAUAUGUUGUACAUGGAUGGGAAGCAGAGAACAUUGACAGUAUUUUAAGACAAGUGAAAAAAAAGUGCAGUGAUAACGGAACACAACAAAAUGAUUUUAUUUGUAUUGGAUCUUCAUGUUUACGGGAAACAAACUCUGCCAGUUCACUGACUGCAUAUUUAAUAAACAUUUACCGAACACAUGGAGUGGUGAAAGUUGACCGUACUACCAUCUUGAGUGCUGAUGAUGCAAUGUUGGGAUUGCAACUAUGUUUGGCUGAUAUCAACUUGCAGGCUACAGGUGAAUUUGAUGCUCUACUCAGUGAUGUGCUGACAGAUCAAUGUUCCUCACUAGAUGAAGAAGUUAAAUGCUUGAAUGACAAAUCCUUUAUCAUAUUUGAUUACCCAGUCAAUGUUGUUGAAAAGGCAAUGUUCUCUUUCCUCUGUUCUACAAGAGACAUUACAAACAUAGUUGUUAAAGAGUCAUCACUAGAAGACAAUGAUGUGAAUCUAAAAUUUCAAUCACUCACCUACUCCACUGAUCUCUUGGAGUCAUAUUCUCUUCAACCAAGUACACUAAAAAAUAAUCGGUUGAAAUUAUCACCUACACAGAAGUAUAUACAGCAAAUAUUUUUAUCCUACAUAGACUUGUUGGUUAAUUCAAGCAGUUCAAUCAGCCUUGCCAGAGUUAUUAAUAUUCCUGACAGAGAAAUUGACCAUCAUGCAUUCACAGUCUUGAAAAGGAGAGCCAACAAAAGCAAUCUCUCAAUGUAUCAGCUUGCUAUCUCUUUAGUAAUGAAAAUCCGUCUAGGUGGUAAAGGUUAUGCUCCUGACCAAAAUGACCCUCUGAUGAUGUACGUCAAAGGCUUGUCUCAGUUUGUAAAUCUUUUACAAAGCCUUCAUACCAUCAUAGAAGAUGAACCAGAUGUUAGAUUGGCAUGCCAGCGAGUUGUCAAGCUCCUCAAGAACACAAUUUUGAAGAGCAGAGAGAGUUUAUCUCGGAAACCAGCUGUAGAAGAAAUGGCAGAAAAAAUUAAAGAAGAUAUCAAGACUGUACAUAAAGAGAUAGAAUUAAGGCUACAGAACAAAUUAUCUCUGCCAACAAAUCAAAGGGGUUCAAAGUAUAAAUGCAAAACUUUGCAAGUAUUGCAAGCUCUUUUGGAUCAACAUGUAAUAAACACAAGUGGAACGAGUGACGUCAGCAUCCUCUCUGAUGUUUUCCUUACCCAAGGAACACCCCUCCGUUUUCCAUCACUUCUCUCUCAGUUCAGGUCUCCAGAGCAAGAUGCAAUAAUAAACAGGUCUCAUGACCUUCUUCAGGCAGUGAGAAAGUUCUUCUGCUUGAAGGGUAAUAAAACAAUUACGAUUGAUCCAAGAAAGGGUGAGAUAAUACCACAUCAUAAAUCUUGCAUGAGUUGGGUUACUCCUUCAAUGAAUGAACACAUUCCAGUGACUAAUGUUGAAUAUGUACAACCAAGUACAACACUUGUAUGUCCAGCUAGUAGCAAGAAAAUCUACACAAGUUUCUCCAUAAAUGAGAAAGAAAAUGUCCCAAGUAAUUUUCUGUCCACAGAUAACAAAAUGCAGUCUAAAGAAUGGAAUCAGAGUAAAGAAAAAGGAUUCAAAGAAAAAGAAACCAAACGAAAAAAAGCUGUGAUAAAAUCUGAUUUACCUAAAAAGAAAUGUUGCAAAAGGUUGUUGCCUCAAAUUAAAGGACAAACAACUCUGAAUUUCUUCAUAAGAAAAUGA